AUGGGCCCCCGUACCGACUCCUCAUGCUGCUGCCAGGCCCGUAAUCUGUCAUGGGCCCCUGUACCGCCUCCUCAUGCUGCUGCCAGGCCCGUAAUCUGCCAUGGGCCCCCGUACCGACUCCUCAUGCUGCUGCCAGGCCCGUAAUCUGUCAUGGCCCCUGUACCGCCACCUCCUCAUGCUGCUGCCAGGUCCAGAGUGUGUCAUGGGUCCCUGUACGGCCUCCCAUUGCUGCUGUCUCCAUCGCCACACUCUGCCAUGUGCCACUUUCAGGUCUCCUCACACUGCUGGUGGGUUCCAUUUUGUCAUAGGGUGCUGGCAGAUUACGGGCCUCCCAUUGCUGCUGCCAGGCACGUAAUCUGCCAUGGGCCCCCGUACCGACUCCUCAUGCUGCUGCCA